UUUAGAUUACGUUCGGAAAAAUGAUGUGAAACUUACUGUAAUGACAUGGAACAUGAUGAAAUUCAAUGAAAUCAUAAAAAUUUCGUUCCUGUCUCGAUGUUCGAUCUUGGCAAACAUACGCUACACUUCAGUAAUACAUUUCGAAAGAAAUGUGAGUUCUCAAACGUCGCCAAAUGAAACGACUCGUGUUCGAUGGAGGAAACGCAGUUGGAGUGUUGAUCCCGUGGUGAAGGAUACAUUCAAUGACAUUAUUAAAGGAUGUCGUUCGUUUACCGCAGCUGAGACGCAAAGAGCCGUAAAUCAGUUUAAUGAUCUUACGACGAAAGCGAAAGUGUCCGACUAUAUGGCUGUUAAGAUGGCAUCAGUUGUAACGACUCAUCUUGGCUGGAAGGAAGGGGAAAAGGUUCUAGAAAUGCAUUAUAUGUCUCACGGUGCGGGAUUGAGAUUCGCAGGCGAAGCCUCAGUAAUGGAUGAACAAGUGGAAGGAGCUGUACGUCGAAUUUUUGAUAAUAUAAAUGAAGAUGCAUAUAAAAUAGCUCGUCAGUUCUACUGUCGCCUUAUUGAUUUAAAAUUUUGCAAAGUGAAAGAUUGUGUUUUCAGAAUUUUUAUACAAGGUUUACUCAAAAAGUAA